AUGGCAACUCCAACCACACACAUCCUGGCUCAAUCCACGCGUGACCUUGUCACAAUUGUUGGUGGGCCUUUUUAUGAAGUCAAAUUAGGUCGUAAAGAUGGGUUUGAGUCUAAAGCUCAUAAAGUUCGUGGAAACAUACCAACAGCAAAUCACACGGUCCACGACAUGAUGUCGAUAUUCAAAAAGAAUGGUUUCUCCCUAAAGGAAAUGGUUGCACUUAGCGGCGGGCACACUGUGGGAUUUGCUCACUGCCUAGAAUUCAGUAACCGGUUAUUUGGACCACGGGCUGAUCCAGAGCUCAAUUCGCAAUACGCAGAUCGUCUUAAAGAUCUAUGCAAAAAUCACACGAUGGCGGCAUUUCUUGACCCCAUAACCCCAGGAAAAUUCGAUAAUAUGUACUUCAAGAACUUGAAAAGAGGUCUUGGACUGCUAGCUUCCGACCACGCCUUGUUCAAAGACAAUGGCACGAGACCGUUUGUGGAUUUAUAUGCGGAUAACCAGACGGCUUUCUUCGAAGAUUUUGCUCGUGCCAUGGAAAAACUAGGCAUGGUCGGCGUUAAAGGUGAUAAAGAUGGAGAAGUGAGACGCAGAUGUGAUCACUUUAACAAACUUAACGUAUAA